AUGUCCUCCUCAAUCGCGAAAGCGAGCAAGUCCGCGAAGCCGGCAGACGACAGCUCGCCGCUGCAGCCGAUCCGUGUCAAUUCAGCCCCUAUUGCACAGGCUGUUCGGUUUGCAAGCCCCGGGCUCCUCGUCACGAUGUUCACCGCGGCUUUCAGCAGCCUCGUAGCCGACCCCGUCUCGGCCAUGUCGAAGUACCUGCCGGUCAUUGGUGCGCUACAAGUUCUGUACGCGUUCAUCUGCUUGCCUGUAGCUGGUGUGCAGUCCGUGAAGGUCAAGAAACACCGGCCAGGGGAGAAGAAGAAAGCCAGUUCAGAUGCGGCUGGUCCGAACAUCAUUGUGGCGUCGCUGCUCUCCUUUAUCCUCACCACUCUCGCUACGCCUCUCCUAUACAUCGCGAUGAUCCUCUUCGGCGCGCCAGUCCUCACCCAUACGCCCCACACCCUCCUCUGUGCCGCCCAUCUCGCGAUUCUGACCCUAUUCCCGCUCUUUUAUGUUCAUGGGGUGGAUUCAUCAGCAUGGCUGGCCGUUGCAGGUCUGAAGGCACCGAUCGAUGAGACUCUUGGCGGUCUUGUAGGAGGUUUCCUUGGUGCAUGGCUGGGUGCCGUGCCCAUCCCUUUGGACUGGGACCGAGAAUGGCAAAAAUGGCCUGUGACAAUUCUCUGCGGCAUUUACGGAGGCUACAUUGUUGGUAGGAUUAUUGGAGGCACACUCGCAUUUGGAAAGAAGUUCUAA